AUGGCUCCGUCAGAGGAUUCUAUUCUCAAUAACUUUCUGCUCUCCCCCGCGUCCCUCCCAACCAUCAUUUCUCUGCAAAAGUUUACAGAGCUGUUUCCAAAGCGCCUCCGAUCUCAUCCGCAGAUCAAAGUGCUGUAUCGAGAACUGCAGGAAUUGCGCUCGCAGGAUAUGGAUGGCGUCACCGAGCACAUCCUCGAGCAAGUCGAAGAAGGCGGGAAGCAAAGAGCCGAUUUACUGCGAGCCGCCAAGGCAUCGGGCGUAAAUGGCUUUAGUGAAGACGACCGCCGCGAGAUGAGCCUAGAUCUGCAGCUGUUCGGUCCGACCUCCAGCACUGAACCCGUUGGGUUUCACUCCUUCUCGAGUCUUAUCUCGGAGAUGGAAAAUGCGUGUUCUACUUUAGAGCAGGAGAUUGCAGCCACGGGGCAAAAUGCAGCUUCUACUCUCGCUGAUAUGAAAAGAACGGUGGGUGAAUUGAGCGAUCUUCGCUAUGGAAAGUUUUCCAAGCCUGGCAUGACCGUUGAUGAUUUUGUGGGAGAAACUGUCCGAGGACUGAAGAGCCUUCAAAACGUUUGCGAUCGUCAAUCCGACGAUCGAUUAUCUUGA